UUUCAUUAUUAAUUAAUGUAAAAUUUGCAUCUUCCUACCUCACAACUCUAAGAUUAAAUUUUAUGCACUCUCUAGAAAUAAGUGAAUUACUGAUCUCGAAAGAAGAGUACUAGAAAAAGUAUUCACUUUUUCAUAUUACACAGCUUGUCCUUUUAGAUGAUAAAUAUAUUUUAAACUCAUAGAUCAAUACAAUCAAAAAAGAAUUACUGAGGCUUAGUUAUAAGAUUUACUUAUUCUACUCUCCAGAUAUUUUGAUAUGAAAUGUAAACUAUUCACAAACCCAUAGCUGAUACUUAUGAAGAAUGUUAACAAGUUCCUUUUACUAAUUCAA